AUGCUAGGUUAUCUCACCACAAUUCGAACCUCAACUGGAGCAACUCCUUAUCUAUUGGUAUACGGAAUAGAAGCAGUGAUACCAGCUGAGGUUGAGAUACCGUCUUUAAGGAUUAUCCAAGAGGUUGGUCUCGACGAUGCAGAAUGGAUACGUAGCAGGCAUGAACAGUUGAUGUUUAUCGAUGAAAAGAGGAUGGACGCGGUUUGUCAUGGACAACUCUAUCAGAACAGAAUAACCAAAGCCUUCAACAAGAAAGUCAGACCUCGACAGUUCACACCGGGGCAGUUAGUAUUGAAGAAGAUCUUUCCUCAUCAAGGAGAAGCCAAAGGGAAAUUUGCACCAAAUUGGCAAGGACCCUACAUGGUUUAUAGAGUGCACUCAGGAGGAGCCGUUAUCUUAGCAGAAAUGGACGGCAGAGUAAGCACAAAGCCAACCAAUUCAGACGCCAUACAAAGAAAUACUACAUCUGAAGACCUCAAGAUUAGCGCUUAUUUUGUGUACUUUUGCAUUUUUCAAUGUAACAGAACUACGUCUAGACCUGACUUCCCACGGUGGGGUACGUAG